AUGACUUAUGACGCGGCAUCGUCAACAAAAGGUCCUCUCGGAUGUGGUGUUUUAGAAUCUGUCAUGGAUAUCUGUCGCGUUAGGGGUAACUGUCGCCUUAGGUUGCAUAGGCUUCCAUUGGUGAAUACUGAAUGUAAAUAUCGUUGUCUUAUCAAGGGUUUGGGAGGAUAUCCUAAUUGUUUCAGACUUUGUCACAGGCCUUGUUGUGAAAGUUGUGUUGUGUCGGGCUUUUAUCGUUUGUUUGUGCGAAAGGCUUACAGAUUUCGAUUUAUUUUCUUAAUACAAGUGGAAUCAGUGAAAAGAUAUUGA